AUGCAAAAUAAAGCUUUCGUAUUAAAAUCAAUUAAAAAUGUUGUCUUUGAAGACCGUGCUAUCAAACCUUUAGGUCCUAAAGAAUUGAGAAUCAAUAUUGAAGUUACUGGUAUUUGUGGAUCAGAUGUUCAUUAUUGGCAGAAGGGAAGAAUUGGGAAAUUCAUCUUAAAAGAUGGUGUUGAUAUGGUCUUAGGUCAUGAAAGUGGUGGUACUAUCGUUGAAAUGGGAUCAGAUGUUCCUCAAUCAGCCAAUUUGAAAGUUGGUGAUAGAGUUGCCAUUGAACCAGGUGUUCCAUGUAGAUUCUGUUCCCUCUGUCGUGAUGGGUUAUACAAUCAUUGUGAAGAUAUGAAGUUUGCUGCUACCCCACCGGAUGAUGGAACUUUAGCUAAAUACUAUUCUGUUGAUUACGAUUAUGUUUAUAAAAUCCCAGACACCAUGAGUAUGGAAGAAGCUGCUAUGGUUGAACCAGUUAGUGUUGCCGUUCAAAUUGCCAAAAGAGCUCAAUUAAAAGCUACUGACACCGUGGUUGUAUUUGGAUGUGGACCAAUUGGUUUAUUAUGUCAAGCUGUUGCUAAAGCUUAUGGAUGUAAGAAAGUAUAUGGUGUAGAUAUCUCCGUUGGUAGAUUAGAAUUUGCCAAAACUUUUGGAGCUGAUGAUGUUUACAAAAUGCCAUUUAAAAAUGAUGAUGAGACUCCUGAACAAUUUGCUAUCAGAGUUUCAUCUGAUAUGAAGAAAACCUUAGGAAUUGAUGUUCAUGGAGCUGACGUUAUUUUAGAAGCUUCAGGUGCUGAACCAUGUAUACAAACUGGUGUUUUCUUAGCUCGUCCUGAAGCUAGAUUUGUUCAAGCUGGUAUGGGUAAAGAAUUUGUUAAUUUCCCAGUUACUGAUGCUUUAGUCAAACAAUUAAACUGGACUGGUUCUAUUAGAUAUUCUACUGGGGUUUAUCCAACUGCUGUAGAAUUAGUAGCUGCUGGUAAAGUUGAUGUUAAAAGAUUAAUCACCAACAGAUUCAAAUUCGAAGAUGCCUUAAAAGCUUUUGAAUUAGUCAAAGAAGGUAGAACUGACGUCAUUAAAGUUAUCAUAGAAGGAGUUAAAGAUUAA